AUGGCGUCCUCUCCUCCCGCUUUGGCGUCCUCCUCUCCUCCGACGCCGGUGCAGAUCCGGGAGGCGAACGCGCACCUGGCGGCGCUCCACGGGCGCGUGGCCGAGCUGGAGGCGCGCCUGGCCGCCGCCGAGGAGACCGUGAGGGGCCAGGCCGGCAGCCUCAUCCGGAAGGACGCCGAGACCCGCAGGGCCCUGGAGGAGAUCGGGCGCCAGAAGGGAAGGGAAAUUGCCGCCCUGGAGGAGCAGCUCCGCUCGUCCGAAGAGCGCGUGCAGGAGCUCCUGGGCCUCAUCCAGGAGAAGGACGGCCUGAUCCUGCGCCUCCGCCACCGCAGCCGCCUGCUGGGCGAGAUCUGCCGCUGCCGGCCCGUGCUGGACACCCUCCUGGCCCAGAUGUCCGAAGGGGAGAGGCUGGGGCCCGACAGCGGAGACGACUCCCCGGACUCCAGCGGCCUCAUGCCGGACUCGAACUGCGUCCCGGACGGCGCCAGGGACUUCUCCCUGGGCAGCGACCCCCAGGAUUCGGACAUGGCGCUUUUUGGGACGACGGUCUGAGCGCGGGUGCGAGUCGCUGUUGGGGGUCCAGAGUUGGCGGCGGCCCCUGUUGAAGGCAGACAUUUUGGAAUUAUUUGCCCCCUCCUGGCAUCAUCGGUUCGCUCUCAGGACAAUUUGCUUGAGGACUAGCGACUUGACUUCUCUCUCCUCUUCCAGACGGCAGCUGAAUGAGCAUUCCUGGAAAGCAGGGGGUUCAGGGAAGCCUGCAGGAUAAGGCCAAACAGGGGACCCAUCUUGCAGCCUGUUCUCACAGGAUCCUGGCCAGUUGGGAAGCUCGGAUCCGAGUGCGAAUGCCGGGGGAUUCAGAAGCAUCGCUG